GCGUCUACAGCUAUACCAGCUGGUUGUUUCCCAUAUGAGGUCUAGUCCAGACUAUUACUCUUCUUUACACGAUAUAUUUUCCUAGGCACUUUUGUUUCAUCUCUAGCAUUAGACUGAUUACUAAACGGUCGUCCCUUUUAUAUGCAAUCUAUGAAACACCAGCCUUCUAGGAGUUGUCCAUCCUAAAUGAAACUGCCCAUAACGUAUCACUGGCAAAGGCGAUAUUCUCUGUCCAAACCAGCCCCAUGGUGCGUUUUCUCUCUUCUAACAAUCUUGUUCUUUCCCUCGUUAACUCUCCAAUGACCAACUUUACGAUUUUUUUUGGUUUGAUUGACGUUAACUCUCCAAUGACCAACUUUGCGGUUUUUUGUUUUUUUUGGUUUGAUUGACUGGUACCUUGUGGAGCUUCAGAAGAUCUUUCUCGUUGAAAAUACGCUAAGCAUCAGUAUUUCGCAGACAUAGACACGUGGAACUCCAAUUCAGUCAUUAAACCAUGGAGGAUUUGAUUUGGUGUGUGUGCUGUCGGCCAGUGGCAACACGCUCUCCUGGUUCGUAUUGGCCCAAAAAUAAACUUGCGGCCCAGUUACAAAUUGCCAGCCCAACUGAUUAACCCUCCGAUCCACGGGCGAGCAAUUUCUAGGGGUCCAUUACCCAUACAGCCCGUACACCCCUGCCUUUGCUUAAUUGCUUGUGUCGUUCACCUGUCGUGUGCUCUCUCCUGGCGGCGACGAUAGGGCGACUACCGCCGCCACCGCCUUACGCCAGGUGCCCAGGUCGUCUGGCCCUUCGGCGAAGAGCGCCGAACAGGUAUGGGCACCCGUUCUCUUUCCUUCCCGCUGUGGGAAGCCGAGCACCCGAACCCUAACUUAAGCUGUUUUGUCUAUUUGCUUUCGGAUCUGAUAUAAUUUCAGGCGUAUACAUGUACUAUUAUGCCCUGUAACUUCGCUUUUCUUGCAAAAACCAUCAGUUGUAUAUGUGUGCGCUCAUCUCCCCUAAUGGGUGAGCCUGGCAUAUGAAGGAGUUUUAGUUCCUCUUUUAGUCGGUUGAAUCAGCUUUUAGAAUCACUAUACAACCUUAUAUUCGCUGGGAUUUACUCCCUUAGGCUGGUAGCAUCUGGUUUCGUGUGAUUUGGUGACAUAUUUUAUCAGAUAUUCAUAUUACUGAAUAUAUGCACAAAUAUACUAGUCUGCUAACGGAUUUUGCUUUCCUUGGUGGUAGGUUUAGCUGCGAUUUGGGUUAUUUGUUUUGUUUCCAUCAGGUAUUAAUAAUAAUCUAAAAUGGUGUGCAGCUUAGGUUAAAAUCAAAUAAUAUUUUGUCGGACGGAUAAUUCAAGGCCUACACCAGAAGGAAUAACCUACCCCUUGUGCGGCAGGCCAACAGCUCUCUCCAUCUCUCUCUGCAGUGUUAUUUGGUUUACUAUAUGCAAUUGCAGGGGAGAAAACUAAAGAACCGUUCACUGCAGUUAGAAGCAGCAACUGCUGUAGCCGCAGCAGGCUUCUUCUACAGUAUUUUCGGUUUGGAAGUUGCAUGCGGAGAGAGACUUUUGUGUUUACAUCUAGUUGACCUUUAAAUCUGCAGCUAUGUUAUAGGUCAAAAAAUCAUCAGUUAACAGGGGCAAGGACUUGCCUUGAUGACACAAUUAUUUUGGUCUAUCUUUCACUUCUCCUGAUAUUUAACUUUUUUGAGUAAGUGUGCAGAUUAGGUCUUAAAAAGGGAUUGGGAUUAAUAUUUUAUUGCCAGAGCUUGAGCUGUAUAAUUAUCCAUUUACACAGUGGGCUGUACAGGGGGUAAAUUGACAGGAAUAUUACUUGGUGAUCCUAUAAGAUAAUGUGCUGUGAACCCUGAUUUGUUUUAGCUGCUUGUGUUCGUUUUGUCUACUUAGUCUUGCACACUGAGGACCUUUAUCGAGGUUGUCAGUCUGCAAGUUGAAUCAUGGCGGAGCACUUGGCUUCGAUCUUUGGUACCGAGAAGGACAGGGUCAACUGCCCUUUUUACUUCAAGAUUGGGGCUUGUCGUCAUGGGGAUCGCUGUUCUCGUCUGCACAACAGGCCAACUAUAUCGCCAACUCUUGUGCUUGCUAACAUGUAUCAGCGCCCUGAUAUGAUAACUCCUGGAGUUGAUGCUCAAGGCCAACCUAUUGAUCCUGAGAAGAUGCAGGAGCAUUUUGAGGACUUCUAUGAGGACAUCUAUGAGGAGUUGGGCAAGUUUGGUGAGAUUGAGAAUCUGAAUGUUUGUGAUAACCUUGCUGACCACAUGAUUGGGAAUGUCUAUGUUCAGUUCAGAGAGGAAGAACAGGCAGCUGCAGCAUACAAUGCUCUUCAGGGGCGCUUUUACUCUGGGCGCCCUAUAAUUGUUGAGUAUUCUCCUGUGACCGACUUCCGUGAAGCAACCUGUAGGCAGUUUGAGGAGAACAGCUGCAACCGUGGUGGCUACUGUAAUUUCAUGCAUGUGAAGCAAAUUGGCAGGGAUCUCAGGAGGAAGCUGUAUGGGCGUUCUGCUUCCAGGAGGUACCAUGCGAGAAGCCGAAGCCCUCCACCGCAAAGGAGGGGCUAUCGUGAGGACUAUCACCACCGUGAUCGUGACGAGUACCGUGGCGGCGGCGGCGGCGGUGGACGGGGAAGAGGUAGCAGGCAUGACAGGUAUGAUGAUGGAGCAGGUAGAGGCGGCAGGCAUGACAGGUACGAUGAUGGAGCGGGUAGAGGCGGCAGGUAUGAGAGGUAUGAUGAUGGAGGAAGGCGUAGGCAUGGUAGCCCCCCGAGGCGUGGAAGGAGCCCGGUCAGGGAAAGCAGCGAGGAGCGAAGGGCCAAGAUUGAGCAGUGGAACCGUGAGCGGGAGUCAAAACAGUGAGCUCUCUGUGGCAACUGUUCUGAGACGUGUUAUUCGGUGGACUUGUUGCUUAGCUCGUCUUUCACUGCUAUAUUCUAAGUAUGCUUGUGUGGCUGAUAUGCUUGAGUGCAGGACUCAGUUCAAUUUUGUGGUUAAAUCGGACAUGUAAACUCUAUUUAUUUCCUUGUGGAUUGUGUUGAAUCAUUUGCCAUUAUGUUAUGCUGACAAUUGGUAUCAAAUCUUUUGUGAUGAGCUAUUAAGUUAUGAUGAUGAUGUCA